GUGGGUUGGUGCACGAUUCGCUUCAAUUAAUUUAAUCAUCGAUUUGCUGAACAUGAUUUGACUUUCUGUUUUUGAGCACACAGUUAUGCGACAGUUCAUAAACUUUGCAUGUAGCAACAUACGCAUGUAACAUGUUUCUGACGCCCUGUCUUCAUUUCCUGCUCAAGAAUGCCUGAAGGCCCUGAGCUGUAUUUGGCCAGCCUGUAUGUCAACAAGAUGUGUGAAGGGCUUGUGUUUAGUGGAGCCGUAGAGAAAUCUGAAGUGAAUAAAAAUCCUGAGGUCCCAUUCUGCUGCGAUGCCUACUGCAUCAAAGCCCAGUCCAGAGGAAAAGAGGUCAGACUCACACUCACACCCAUUAAAAAUGAUGACCAUGGUAAACGCAAGGUCACCAAACAUCAGUCCCAGCAGCCGAUGGAUGUGGUUUUCCGAUUUGGGAUGUCAGGGUUUUUCCGCUUCACAUCUGUAGACGAUCUUCCCAAACAUGCCCAUCUGCGGUUCUACACUAAAGAGAGCCCACCCAGGGUGUUGAGUUUUGAGGACACCCGCAGAUUUGGCAGCUGGCAUCCAAAUGGGACCUGGCAGAAAGACAGAGGGCCUUGCGUCAUGUUUGAAUACGAGAGCUUUAGGGAGAAUGUUCUUUCAAAUCUGUCUGGCAAGACAUUUGACAAACCCAUCUGUGAGGCGCUCUUAAAUCAGAAGUAUUUCAAUGGAAUCGGGAACUAUCUUCGAGCAGAGAUUUUGUUCAGAUUACAAAUCCCUCCAUUUGUGAAGGCACGGACCGUUCUAGAGGGACUUGUACUGAAAGACGAGGAUAAAAAUAAGGUCAAAAAGGAGAUUACAGUUCUAGAGUCAACCGAGAAAACCAGGAAGAAAGUGGUGAAGGUUGAGACACCAGACAUUCUUUCUUUGUGUCACACUGUUCCCUUGGAAGUGGUGCAGUUGGGUGAAAAUGGUUAUGCUCCAGCAAAGGGGAAGUAUUCUGUGCUUCAAGCCUGGAUGCAGUGUUACUGUGUGGAUGGAAUGAACUCAUUAGGUGACAACAAUGGACGGACAGUUUGGUUCAAAGGGGAUCCUGGUCCUAUGGUGCCCAAAGGUGCCAAAUCUCGCAAAAUUAUGUGGAAAAGGCAGAAGGAUGAUCACGAUUACACUGAUUCAAAAAAAGCCAAAAAGACACGCACCGACAGCACUGCAAAAGCAAAACCUGUUAAGAAAGAGGAAAACUUAAAGGUAAAGAAAGAAAAUGCAACCUCCAAAACACAAAAUGCUUCAAAAAGACAGAAAACAAACACCGAAAAGAUCAAUGCAGCACCUGCAAAUGAGAACAAGCCAAAAACAAGAGGAACGAGGAGCUCAAAGGUUCCUCCAAAGACUGGAACUAAAACAAUCAAAAGCCAACGUGUGGAGGAAAUGAUUAAAACUAAAAGGAAUUCUGUAGCCUGCAGGAAAAGUGCAACAAAAGGUAUGCCUUCAGCUUUAAUACAGAGGCCGGCUGUGCUCUGUGAGUUCUUGUAUCUUGUGAUGUUAAUCAUUCUCUGGAUUUUAUUUUAGCAAAGCCACAGCAGAAAAGAAGUGGCACAAGACGAGGCCGUUCCAAAUGAUGUCAUUCAGACUAAAUCAUCAGAAUGCUUUUGAGCAAGAGCUGAAGUCAGCAAGCUACUGUAAUGGACCACCCAGACUUUUUAUAUUCAGUAAUGAUUUCAAAUAGAUUUAAU